AUGUCUCGCGCCAAAAUUUCUCGCUCCAUCUUGCCAAUAGAAUCUAUUAUAAUUCGCCCUUACCAAUGUCCUUUUCAACGCCAGAUACAAGACGAAGAGGAGAAGAGAUAUCCAUUGAUCCGACCCCUAACUAGUCCUACUCAUCAUAUCAUCUCGCAACAGCCCAACUACCGGGAUCCAUUCAUAAACUGUGUAGUGAGCGAUGAAAAGGCUGAGGAAGAUAACGAAAGAGAUGAGUUGUUUGGCAGCACCUGUCUAUUUUCCUUCUGGUCUUGCUUUUGUUAG